GUUCGGCGGCCUCCGUCCCGGCGCGGUGCGGCUCUCCGGCGCGGGCCACGCGCUUCCUUCCCUGCUCCGGCCUCGACCACGGCGAGCCUGAGCGCGGCGGCGGCCCACGCGCGGCGACGGGGAGAGCGUAAUGCCCUUUCGCGUGCCCCGCCUGUGGGGUUUGCACGGAACUUGAGACAUGCUUCACGGUGUGUGUCCGCGCCGGAGGCUGCAGGGGCUGUGAGACCGCAGACUGAGGCCCAGGAGGGGCCCGUCGGGAGCCGCGUAGUUGAGUCGUAAAGAUGAGCAGCACCAGCAAUAAAAGAGCUCCAACAACAGCGACCCAGCGGCUGAAACAGGACUAUCUUCGGAUUAAGAAGGACCCGGUGCCUUACAUCUGUGCUGAGCCCCUCCCUUCCAACAUUCUAGAAUGGCACUAUGUGGUCCGAGGCCCAGAGAUGACUCCGUAUGAAGGUGGCUACUAUCAUGGAAAACUAGUUUUUCCCAGAGAAUUUCCCUUUAAACCUCCUAGUAUUUAUAUGAUCACGCCCAAUGGAAGAUUUAAGUGCAAUACGAGGCUGUGUCUUUCCAUCACGGAUUUCCACCCAGACACGUGGAACCCGGCCUGGUCCGUCUCCACCAUCCUGACGGGGCUCCUUAGCUUCAUGGUGGAGAAGGGCCCCACCCUGGGCAGCAUAGAGACGUCGGACUUCACGAAGAGACAGCUGGCCGCGCAAAGUCUAGCAUUUAACUUGAAAGACAAAGUCUUCUGUGAACUGUUCCCCGAAGUUGUGGAGGAAAUCAAACAAAAACAGAAAGCCCAAGAUGAACUCAGUAGCCGACCCCAGGCUCUCCCCUUACCAGAUGUGGUUCCAGAUGGGGAAACACACCAUGGUCAGAACGGGCUUCAGCUCCUCAAUGGGCACGCGCCAGGGGCUGGGCCACACCUCGCGGGGCUCCAGCAGGCCAACCGGCACCACGGACUCCUGGGCGGCGCCCUGGCGAACUUGUUUGUUAUAGUUGGGUUUGCAGCUUUUGCCUACACGGUCAAGUACGUGCUGAGAAGCAUAGCGCAGGAGUGAGCCACGUGCCACGGCUGGCAGAAGUGGUCAAAAACGAGGGACACUGGGCCCGAGCGUGCCACGGGCUGGCUGAACGUGCCGCCAAGCGCGGGGUGGACCUGCCUGACUCCUGGGGUAGCUUUUUAAAACCUUGAAAAGGAAAACAGAAACCAAAGUGUGUCAUUGAGAUUUAGAGGAGAUGCAAGAUUCUCAGCUCCCUGUCCUCACUCUGGGGUCUGUUGGGGACCAUGGAGCUUGGGUGCCGAGGAGGAGGGGCCUCAUGCUUUGGUUUUAUAGCUUAUCUCCUGUAUCGUCUUUUGGACCUGUUUUAGUAAACCUGUUUUUCAUUUUAUUAGAUUUGGUCACUUAAAAAUACAAAACUCGAUUAUCAAA